GGGGAGAGACAUGGAAGAACAGGAGGAUGAGCGAGAAAGGGACAGAGAGAGAGCAAGGGACACUGCCGGGGUCAGAGACAGAGAGAGGGAGCGAGGCACUGGCAGGGGCAGGGGCAGAGAUGGGGAGAGAGACCGGCCGAAAGAAAGGGAUGGGGACAGACACAGAGCCAAGAACAGGCAAGGAGACGCAGAGCAAGGCCAGGAGGCGAGAGGCAGGCCCCAGCACGGAGGUAAGGCCAGCCUGACUUCCAAACGCUAUUCGAAGUCUGACAAACGCCGGCCACGGAACUACAGCACCAGCUCCGCCAGCAGCGGCACCAGCAUGGACGGCCCUGCAGAUCGAGUGGCAGGGGGGGAGGGUGCUGUAUCCUGGUCCCGAUCGUCAGGGAGAGACAGAGGGGAACGGAGGGAGAGCGGGGGGAGAGGGCACCAGCCCCAGCAGAACAGGAAAGCGGCGAGAGACUUCUCCUCCACGGACUCUCUGGAAGAGAGCGAGACGGGCCGGGACAGAGGCAGAAGGAGGACCAUGAGCGAGAGGGACCGGUUCGGGGAGGAGGGCAGGAGCCCGGUCAGGAGGUCCGGAGAGGGCCAGGCUCGCAGGGGAUCUGGUCAAAAGAACGCGGUCGGCGGAAUCCUGAGGGUGUCCUUCGACAAGCCUUCGGCCGCCUCCCACGAAUCCUCAGAGGACCCACACAGGAGAGGGGAGGCGGCCCCCAGGGGCCGGGGACGGGGUAUCCUCAUACUCCCCGCCCACACGAACAUCACCGUGGCCCCGGAGCCCGGGCCCAGGAUGCUUUUCGGCGGAGCUAGGGGGGGAGGCGGCCAGGGCAGGGCCAGGGGAGGUCGCGGGGGAGCCCUCCGGAGACUUUGGGACCCGAACAACCCCGAUCAGAAACCGGCCUUGACGCGGGGCCAGCCCUUCCAGCAGUCGCCGCACUUGCAGCAGGGAGGCUACGGCCAGCUGCAUUUCCUGGACACGGACGACGAAGCCGCGGGCAGUCCUCCCAUCCGCCAGGGGGACCCCUUCCAAAACUUCCCUGCUUCCCAGCAAGCUGCCGCCAUGAACGCGGCCGCCAUGGCCUUCUACAAGUUUCAAAAUUCUGACAACCCGUAUUGCUACCCAAUGCCGUCUAACCCCUCCACUCGCUACCCAUACCCCUACCACGUUCCCUACCAGAUGCCCAGCACCAAUGGCAUCUACACUGGCCCUGGCACAGCCUCCUACUAUGCUGGGUUUGGCCAGCCUCCUGGGUCCCAGAGUUACCCCCCAGCCUCCAGCCCGCUGUCCCCAGAGGAGAUGGAGGUGCAGGCCAGGAGCGAGCUGGGGAAGCUGCUCCGUGUGGCUGACAGUCAGGAGCUGCAGCUCAGCAACCUGCUCUCCCGUGAUAGGCUGAGCCCAGAGGGACUGGACAGGAUGACUCAUCUCAGGGCUGAACUCCUGGCUCUGUACGAGCGAGUCAUUCUGACGGACAUCGAGUUCUCCGACUCCCAGAACCUGGACCAGGCUCUGUGGAAGAACGUGUUCUAUCAGGUCAUCGAGCGCUUCCGGCAGCUUCUGAAGGACCCUGCGGCAGACACCGCCCCCAGGAUCAGAAACAUGCUGCUCACGCUGCUGGACGAGGGGGCAGUGUUCUUCGACGCACUACUGCAGAAACUACAAACUGUGUUCCAGUUCAAGCUGGAGGACUACAUGGAUGGCCUGGCCAUACGUGCGCGCCCAUUACGCAAGACGGUGAAGUACGCCUUGAUCAGCGCACAGAGGUGUAUGAUCUGUCAGGGCGACAUCGCCAGGUACCGUGAGCAGGCCAGCGACUCCGCCAACUACGGAAAGGCACGCAGCUGGUACCUGAAAGCGCAGCAGAUAGCGCCCAAGAACGGCCGGCCCUACAACCAGCUAGCUCUGCUGGCAGUGUACACGAAACGGAAGCUGGAUGCUGUGUAUUACUACAUGCGCAGCCUGGCAGCCAGUAACCCCAUCCUGACAGCCAAGGAGAGCCUGAUGAGCCUCUUUGAGGAGACCAAACGCAAGGCCGACCAGCUGGAGCGCCGUCAGCAGCGGGAGCGGGAGGGCGGGUCCCGGGGCCCCAGGAGCGGCGGGGCCCGCGCGGAGGAGGCGGCCCGGGUGGAGAUCUGGAUCCGCCCCAGCGGGCCCUCAGGGACGGCGUCCCGCACCGGGAGCGAGUCCGGCCGGGACUCGGAGCAGGACGGGGAGCUGGGGGCUCUCAGUGCCAGCGACCUCAACAAGAGGUUUAUCCUGAGCUUUCUGCACGCUCACGGGAAGCUGUUCACCAAAGUGGGUAUGGAGACCUUCCCGGACGUGGCGGGCCGGGUCCUUCAAGAGUUCCGCGCCCUGCUGCAGCACAGCCCCUCCCCCCUGGGCAGCACCCGCAUGCUGCAGAUCGUCACCAUCAACAUGUUCGCCGUGCACAAUGCCCAGAGCCGGGACGGCCCUGGUGAGGCACGCUCCGUGCUGCAGGAGCAGACCACUGUUCUGGGCCUGGCCAUGUUCGGCCUGCUAGUGCGGCGCUGCACAGAUCUGCUCAAACACACACCCACAGCUCCCCCGCCGGUGGAGGAGGGCGAGGAGGGGGAGGACGGGGAGGUGGAGGAGAUGGUGAGGGUGUCUGCGUUCCCGGCCGACCUCCGGGAGCUGCUGCCCAGCGUGAAGGUGUGGUCUGACUGGAUGCUGGGCCACCCCGAGCAGUGGAACCCCCCGCCCUGCGUCCUGCCCUCCACUGCAGGCUGCAGUCCGGACGUGUGGCAGUGCCUGGCGGACCUGUGCAACGCGCUGGCGUGCGUGUACCACGGGGAGGCGCCGCUGUACAAGGCGGACGGGGAUGAGGACCUGCGGCUGCUGCUGCUGGAGGAGGACCGGCUGCUGGCGGGAUUCGUGCCCCUGCUGGCCGCUCCGCAGGAGCCCUGCUACAGGGACGCCGGCACCAACACUGCCAUCGCUGCUGACUGCAAGCGCGUGACCGUGCUGAAGUACUUCCUGGAGGCUCUGUGUGGGCAGGAGGAGCCGCUGCUGGCCUUCAAGGGUGGAAAGUAUGUGUCCGUGGCCACACUCCCCCCUCCCGGCCUGGGAACGGAAGCCGGGAGCCACCAGGGAAAACAAGCAGACAAUCAGGACGAUUAUGUCGUUGUGGAGGCGGAGUCGUCGCAGUCGGAGGGCGAUGUGGAGCUGGAGGGCGAGGUCAGCGGCAGCGAGGACGACUUCCGGGAGCUGCGGGCGCGGCGCCACGCCCUGACGCACGAGCUGGCACAGCAGCAGAGACGCCGCGACAAGAUCCAGGCUGUGCUGCAGACCUGCCGUCAGCUGGAGCUGGAGAUCCGGCCGCUCUUCCUGGUCCCCGACACUAACGGCUUCAUCGACCACCUGGGCGGCCUGAAAAAGCUCAUGUCCUGCGGGCUCUACAUCCUGGUGGUGCCACUCAUCGUGAUCACGGAGCUGGACGGGCUGGCUAAAGGGCAGGAUAACCGCGGGGGUCCGGGCGGGGCCGGCGGCUCCAGUGGAGCGCACGCCCGGGGGGUGCAGGAGCGGGCCAAGGCUGCGGUCAGCUUCCUGGAGCAGGCCUUCGAGGUGCGGGAGCCCUGCCUGAGAGCGCUGACCAGCCGGGGGAACCAGCUGGAGUCCAUCGCCUUCCGCAGCGAGGACACCUCUGGACAGCAGGGGAACAACGAUGACCUCAUCCUGUCCUGCUGCCUGCACUACUGCAAAGACAAGGCCAAGGACUUCAUGCCCACGCAGAGGGAUGAGCCGGUGCGUCUGCACAGAGAGGUGGUCCUGUUGACCGACGACCGCAACCUGCGGGUGAAGGCCCUGACCCGGAACGUCCCCGUGCGAGAUAUCCCCGCCUUCCUCAACUGGGCCAAAGUGGGCUGAACCGGGCCUGGCACGGGUCAGCCACCAGCACUGCAACAACAACAACAACAACGGCCACGUGAGGCGUGGAGGAAGAUUAACUCCAGACCCAGGCAGAGAGGACGAGAGGAAGAAACGCAAGCUUUAAAAAAAACAUACAGAAUGGGGGCAAUCGGGCAAGAGUGACAUUUUUUGGAAUGUGAAGGAAAAAAAGGGUUUUUUUUCCCCUCUAGACCGAGAGCAAAAAAAAAAAAAAAAAGAAUGAAACUGCCUCGCUUGAGAAAGAAUGAAAUGAAGUUUAAAAUGAGAGGAGUCAGGGCAGAAGGGAACGAGAGUGUGUGAUUUUGAGAGUCUCUGAUCGAGCUGCUGCUUCUGCAGUGUGUCUGCAAGCUAUACAAGACCUGAGGGAAAGGGGGAUAGAGAGAAAGAGAGGGAGCAAGCGAAUGAAUUGAGUGAGGAAGAAGAGGGCAAGGGUCCAAGUCUGAGGAAGAUUAACUCCCAAUGUUGGUCGCUGUGGUGACCAGAAGAGAGAUUGGGAGAGGAAGAGAAGGAGGCCAGAGACAGGGUUGAGGGCAGCUCUGAUCAUCGCAGGCUGUCCGUCUCUCCGUCCGUCUGUCUGUCUGUCUCUUAUCGGCUGUGCAUGCUGUGCCACAGGGCGCAUGUACUAUCAGGAUUUUAUUUGCUCGUUGUUCUGCUUUUUUUCACUUUUAUUUAGAUUUUUCUGGUCAGGCGCAGGGCUUUUUUUGUUUGCUUUCAGUUUCUCUGUUACUCAGUUUUUCAUUUUCUCAGCCGGAAUGACGUUGCUUUGACCAAAUGUCAUUUUCAAAGCCCAUCGAUACAAAGACCCCAAAGCCCUUCAAGGACCCCCCUCCUCCACCUUUAUUUUUCUGCUUCCAGAGUUUCAUUGUUUUUACCUCUGUCUUUUUGCUGUGAUUGUGUGUCAGGAGCAUUGGCCUCCAGUGGUCAGUGGUCUGGAUGUUAGUUUUGGGGGGCAGGCCUGUCUGUGUCACUUUAGCCAGUCUCCACCGAUUGCUUAGGUACAUUGAAGCGGGAAAGGCCCUGGUUAGCUCGGACACCGUUUCCAUGGCUUGGCUCUCCCAGCCAGAGGUUUUCAGUGGCUGCGGCUUGUUUUCCAAUGUUAACGACGUUGCGCUUUAGCGCCCGGACUCGGUUCGUUAGCCUGCCGUUCACCGCCACCGGUUGGAAAGCGCUGCUGCUUUCCCCUGAUUAGCUUUAGAUUGCGUAGCGCAGAAAUGCCAGAGCAGUAUUUCCGAAGGCCGGCGUAAGAACGACCACAGCGAGAAACUCGCCUUUUCAGAUGCGUAGGACACACACACACACACACACACACACACACAGAGGGAGAAAAGUGCAUCUAGACAAAAGAAAAUAUCAACUAUUUGAAGACAGUGGAAAAAAAAAAUAAUAAUAAAAUGGAUGAAUCCACUUCCCCCGUAAGAGACCCAUGAGCUGAGCCGGAGGGAGCAGGGCCUGAGAUUGUGGGAGAGGCCGGACUCAUCAGGAGCUUGUAAAUACAGAGCAGCGUCUUCGCCCCCGCACACUCUGCCCUGGGCCCAGUACACAUCCUGCCAGCUGGCUUCCUGUCUGGAGGACGCGGACGCGUCAGCAGAGGCUCAGGCCUGUCGCUGGAGCCGUGUCUCUCGUCUCUGCAGUGGGCUGUGCUGUCAGCUGCUCUCCUGUUCUCCGCGUGUCUAAACCUCGUAAAGCGCUUCGAAUGAGCGGGCUGCGGCUACCCCUGGACUGACUGCGGAUCGGGUGGGGGGUGUGUGGGGCAGGAUGUUUCAAUGCAGUAAAAAAAAAAACAAAAAAAACAGCCAGUGUCAAUACGGAAGGAUGUAUCCCCAUUAUGUUAUUUCUUAUGAUGGUAUAACAGCGUGGUGGAGGUUUGACAAUAAUUUGAUGUCUAUGCACUCAUUUAAAUUGUGAUGUCAUAACGAGCUUGCUAAAAUUGUGAUGUCAUGCGCUCAUUUAAAUUCUGAUGUCGUAACGAGCUUGCUGCAAUUGUGAUGUCAUGCGCUAGUUUAAAUUGCGAUGUCAUAAUGAGCUUGUAUAAACUGUGACAUCUUCUGAAUACGUCUGCUGCAUAAGGGGUGGGUCUUUCAAAGAACUGUGCCGUAUUGUCAACUAAGGUUAUCAUGACAGUGGAUGUGCUAAAAGCAGGUUUAAUGGAUUUUACCAGCCCCUGGAUUUUAUGUCUGCAUGCAAAACCUCCAAAAGAAUCGGAGGGCACAGAAGCUUAUCUAUUGUACUGUAGAUUGUCUAUUGAGCUCAUCACUAUAGUGUGUGUGUGUGUGUGUGUGUGUGUGUCUGUGUGUCUGUGUCUGUGUCUGUGUCUGUGUCUGUGUCUGUGUCUGUGUCUGUGUCUGUGUGUGUGUGUGUGUCUGUGUGUGUGUGUGUGUGUGUGUGUGUGUGUGUGUGUGUGUGUGUGUGUGCACGCUGAUCAGUUCACAUUGACAUUAAUUUCCCUUGACCCUGGUGUGACCCCCUGGCUCUGACUAUGACAAUGACCGCAUGGUCAGCCGUGCUGACCAGGCACCCCCUGUCCUUCUCCUAUCCCCCGUCCACCCCCCUGUCUCCUGGGGUUCACUGUCCUCUCCCAGGCCCUGCCCACAAGGCAUCUACAUGCUUCAUGGGAGCUGGAGGAACCCUGGAGGAACGCAUUAAUACCCUCCACUCCCACACCUCGUGUGUGUGUGUGUGUGUGUGUGUGAGGCACAACCUCACACCAGACUCCGCAGAGAGAGAGAGAGAGAGGGGGGGAUCUCUGAGCCGUCUCCUAACCCCACAUCCCCCUUAGCACAAGCUCUGUGUGACCACACCAACAAGGCAUAUGCAUGCCUACCUAAAGGGAUUAUCAGCUGUAGCCAGCAGACCAGGUCCUCUCGCUGUUGUAGUCGACCCAUCACCCCACCCGUAAAGGGUGUUUAUCCAGAGCAGGGUGGCAUGGGCUCCAGCUUCACUGAGACCUGCGCCUUUCAUCUGCAUAAACCUCACCCCCACCCCAACCCCUACCGAUACCCACCCCAGCUCUGCUUCCAGACAUCAGGCACUCCACUAUCCAACGCUGGCUCCACUGUCAAGCUCCUAACUGCUGCAUUUUUUAUUUUAUUUUUUUUAAUGGAGGGCUGCAUUACUAUCUUUGUGGCGAUGGAAGCCACAGAGCUCAAACCACCUUCCCACACUGGGACGAGCAACUAAACUGGUGUCAGUUUCCCCAGCCCUGUAGCACUGGCCCUGUCACUCACACUCUCUCUUAAACUGCUCCGCUUUUAUGUAUUUAUUUUCUUUUAUUGCCACUUUUUUAAAUUCCCCUCUUCGCCCUUCAGUGUUUCUGUUUCUUCAGCGUUUGUCAUGUUGAUAACUGUGGAGGGGGGGGCCUCUGUGUUUGAAAUCAGUCAUUGGUUUUGAUAUUAUUAUUAUUUGCAUAAGCGCUUGUGUGGGAACUCAUGAAAUGUUCUGUUUUCACUCACAUGGGGUGUGUGCGGAUUCGUGUGCAUGGGUGUGUGUGCACAUUUGUGUGUGUGUGUGCGUGCGUACGUGUGUGUGCGCACGUGACCGUGCCCACAUGCGUGUCUGCCUCUACCCGUGGAUAGACUGGAUUCAGAUUUACUUCACAGCAUGCUGGCUGAUUGAGGCACUUGCAUGUAGACUUUUGUGUUUGAGCCAGUACACUCAUUUCUCGUUAACACAGUGCGUUUCAGUCUGAUUUCACAUGCUUCAAAAUACACUUGCAAAGACAUUUUGGCUCAGAGUUUGGAAUAUCAGCCAAUAAAUAAUUAAA